CCUGCCACGUGUCAGACCAUUAUUGCUCCAGUUAGUUAAUUGCAUAUAAGCCACUUGUAAUUCGGCUACAUAGAAGCGAAUGCACACAAAAUUUUAACCAAUGGCGCAAACCUACGGCUUCGAUCCAUUUUCCUUCUAUGAAUAGUUCAUUUGCGCCAACUGUAUAAUCUGUCGUACGAAAAAUACACUUCUCUUCUCUUCGAGGCUUCGGAUUUCCGAAGUUCCUCUCUUCAUCAAAGGAAUGGGAAAAAGUUCGUUUUCUAAUUCUUUCUUCUCAUGCUUUUUGAUGGACCUUCAAAAUUGAAAUUCUAUACUCUCAUAACAUAUUGUCGGUUCAGAUGCUGUCAGGAAUGCGGAAAGAUGUGGCUGAAUACUAAGACCUUCAUCUCUAAGGUCUGUGAAUCUGAGCCUCCAUUGAGGCCAGUCUUGAUCGUAAGCGAUAAUGUUCAGUAUGCUACGAUCAAGUUUUGCAGCCAGAUGCAUAAUGAAGCCAGGAUUCGUCAACUUCCCUUUGUAAUAAGCAUGACCGCAAGAUUUGAGUUCUUUCUAGGACUCUUGCCUUGUAAUUAAUUAAAACAGAUUCUUCGACCAGGAGAAUUUGUAUUAGUUUAGUAGGUUUGUGUUUUUUGAAAUGGAGAAGAAGGGAAGCAUAUUGAUGGGAAAAUACGAUCUCGGGAGGUUGUUAGGUCAAGGAACUUUCGCCAAAGUUUACUAUGGGAGACUUCUUAAAACAGGACAAAGUGUGGCCAUUAAGGUUAUUGACAAAGAAAAAGUAUUGAAGGCUGGCUUGAUCGAUCAGACAAAACGAGAGAUAUCUGUUAUGGGAUUGGUCAAACACAAAAACAUUAUGCAGCUUUACGAAGUUAUGGCUACCAAAACAAAAAUUUACUUCGUAAUGGAAUAUGCGAAAGGUGGAGAGCUUUUUCACAAGGUUGCAAAGGGAAGGCUCAAUGAAGAUAGUGCUCGGAAAUAUUUUCAACAACUGAUCAUUGCUGUUGGUUUUUGCCAUAGCAGGGGUGUUUAUCACCGUGAUUUGAAACCCGAAAAUCUUCUACUGGACGAGAAUGGAGAUCUUAAGGUAUCUGAUUUUGGAUUGAGUGCGCUCACUGAGUCCAAGCGCCAGGAUGGAUUGCUCCACACGGCAUGUGGUACCCCAGCAUAUAUCGCUCCCGAGGUGAUUAGCCGAAAAGGCUACGAUGGAUCAAAAUCCGAUAUCUGGUCUUGUGGGGUGAUCUUAUUUGUUCUACUUGCUGGUCAUCUUCCGUUCUACGACUCGAAUCUCAUGGAGAUGUAUAAGAAGAUAAGCAAGGCCGAUUAUAAAUUCCCUAAUUGGUUUCCACCAGACGUGCGAAGAUUGCUAUCACGGAUCCUUGAUCCUAACCCCUAUACUAGGAUUUCCAUAGCCAAGAUUAUGCAAAACUCCUGGUUCAGAAAAGGUCUCAAAACCAGACAAUCAAGGACAAAAGCAGAAGAUGCGGAAAAGAUCUCGCUCGACUUUGGUUCCAAUUCUGGUUCUUCUGGGAACGAUAUUCCUACAGAUACGAAGCUGGAGGUGGCUAAACCUACAAACCUGAAUGCAUUUGACAUUAUAUCUCUCUCGACUGGAUUUGACUUGUCUGGUUUGUUCGUGGACAAUGACCAAAAAGAUGAGGUGCAAUUUACAUCUACAAAGCCGGCUGCUGCUAUCAUAUCAAAACUUGAGGAUAUUGCAGGGAACCUAAAGUUGAAGGUGAAGAAAAAGGAACAAGGGUUCAUGAGACUGGAGGGCUCGAGCGAGGGUACAAAUGGGACUUUGUUCAUUGACGUGGAAAUAUAUGAAAUCACUUCGUCAUUUCAUUUGGUAGAGGUGAAGAAGUCAAGUGGCGACUCCAUAGAUUAUCAGAAGAUGUUGAGACAGGAUAUAAGGCCAGCUCUUAGGGAAAUUGUCUGGGCUUGGCAAGGUGAGCAACAGCAGGAUCAUUAAUAACAUCAUUCAGAAGGAAAGCUACUGACUAAAUUCCUAGUUGUUUCUAAGGCUGUUGUACUCUUGUAUUGGUACUUGUAGGUUUCUGUUCUUUUGAUUUUCCAUUCUAUGUGACAGUCCUUUUUAUCAGUUUGUGAAACAGUUCUAUUGGUGUUUGA